UUUCAGUCGUUCGUAGACGUUGUAGUUGAAGACAUUCGAGUAAAUUGUUUUUAAAGAAAACUUGUUUAAAGUCGAAAUUGAUUUUUUUUUCUCUAAAUAUUAUAAAAAUGGAAAAACAUAUUUUGGUUGUUUGUGCUAUUUUUGCCUUGUGUAUGGUUAACAACGCUAAUGCUAUUCAAUGUUAUAAGUGUAAAUCAACAAUUGAUGGUGGAUGUACUAAUGAAGCGCUGGAUAGUGCCACCACCUCCGUAAAAGUUGUUAAUUGCGAUGAUGAGCCAAAACCAAAUACAAUGGAACAAUAUAUGCCAGUAACCAGAUGUAACAAAGUUGUCUCAAGUGAUAAAGCCGGUCCAAUUGUUUCCCGCGACUGUCAUUUCCAAGUGGUUGGCACUAAGCCUGAUGUCUGCGCAGUUUCGCAUAACCAACAAGUUGAUAUGUGCUACAUUUGCUCUGGUGAUAAGUGUAACAGUUCCUCCUCCGCCGGACGUUUUGUGGCUUUGGGUUUGACUGCCAUCCUUGCUUUCGUAUCUAUGCAGUUCGCCUUGUAAUUUUCCCUUAUUUCUUAUACCUACUGUUUUCAUUUGUAAUUUAGAAGUGCCCACUGUUUGAGGUACCUGAUUAAGGUAAAAUUUAACAAAUUUGUUGUAAACGUAAAAUAAUUGUUGUAAAGUGAAUAAAAUACAAACUAAAAAAAAAGUUUUUUGUUGUAGGUACCGCUAAA